AAAAAAAACGGCUAUUGUGAUGAAGAAAAUUCAAUGAUCACUUUAUUUUUUUUUAUACAGAUUUUCGUAUUAUUCGCCGUGGUGGCACUUGCCUUUGGCAGCACAGUUCCGUCUUACAAUACCCCUGCGCCAUCCUAUAGUGCCUCAACCCCAAGAUACAGUGCUCCUGCUCCAUCUUACAAUGCUCCUGCCCCUUCGGGACCUGUUCAGUACAAUUUCAACUAUGCAGUGAAGGACGACUACUCUGGAAACGACUACAAUCAUCAAGAAAAUCGCAAUGGCUAUGACACUCAGGGUGCAUACUACGUUCUGCUUCCCGACGGUCGCUUACAGAGAGUUUCCUACACCGUGAACGGCGACUCCGGAUACGUUGCAGAAGUUACCUGCGAAGGAGAGGCCCAAUACCCUGCUUACCAACCUACCCCUUCUCGUUCCUACCAACCGGCCCCUACUCCUUCCUAUCAGCCCACUCCUAGUUAUGCAUAAGUCAUUUACUUGACAGAGACCUGAAGUGUCCAUAAUUUAUUGAAUUUCAUAAAACUGAAAUUCAA